GUUCAUUCCAUUCCUUCUUCCCUCAGUCUACUCCUUUUCCUUCUUUUUGGCCCGAAUCCCGUCCUUCUGUCUCUCUGAGGCGUGUUUGCGAAAGGGCUCCUUCUGUCGUAGAAGUUGUGUGUGUGUGAGUGUAGGAGACCUUUCAGUUGGAGAACGAACUAACUGCGACUUGGACACUCGACCUGGCCGCGGAUUCAGACUUGAAUUUUGCGUCCAGUUUGUCGUUUUUCCAGUUGCGACUGCCACUCAUUUUUUCCAUCCUCCACUUGUCCAGUCUGUAUACACACUCACUACCUUACCUCCACCUCCACACGUACAUACGGCACUACCAUACCAUCCCUCUAGCCCACCUGCUGCACCACGUUGUUGGUCUUUGGCGCCAGCGACCCGACCUGUCCCCGUCUCGACCCAAGACGGGACUCCUCCUGUCGUCAUCUACUAAGCAUCCAUCCAGCAAGGAGGUGCUGCACACCAACACCACGGGCACCACCAACACACACCCUCAUGGCUGUCUGAUAUCUGCAUCCUUUUUCCACUCUCUUUCAAGGGAAUUCCCCUUCUUGUCAUUCUUUACCAAAAGCCAUACUCGCUCUCUCGGUUACCCACGCUACCGGUCACUCUUUGGAUACGCUAUCGAUCGUCAUCUGGCUUUACUGUUAAUGUUUUAUAUUAUUGCCUCAACCAUCGCCAUCACCACCACACCACCACAACAACAUACCCACCUACCUACCUACUUACCUGCCCAAAGCUGCUAGUACCACCAUACUACACAGUCUCACCGCCGCCACCCUCCAGUGUCAUCCCACUACCGACGACGACAACAACGACAAGGUUCUUCAGUCCAUUGGUUGACAGGAACAGCAGCAUCGCGCCUCUUUAUACAUCUCUUCUGUUCUGUGGCCCUCUUGUGUUUUACAUCAGCCAGACAGCCCCACUGCUUCUAAACGUCAACAAGGCUGAUUCCGCAUGAAUCGCACAUGGAAUUGUCCUGAUCGCACCAGUUUUGACGUAGAAAGUGGAUUCACAGGAUCGCCUGGAUCCCGGCCUCGAGCACCGGGUGUAUCAGAAGUCAGGAGAGAGCCAUGUCGGCGCCACCCAGCCGGCAUGGCCCAUCAACACCGAUGCACCAUCAACACCAACGAUCGCAUUCGCAGACAACUACAAACACCACUAGCACCGCUGCAACCGGCAUCCGCGUUGUCCCCUACACGCCGCCCCGACUUGCCGACGACGAUGAUCGCCGAGACAGCCAGACGUCAUCCGUCUACCACUCCAACUCGAGCGCGGACGGGCGCCGCUCGGGCAAUUCCAGCGAUGACCGCCUCGGACGCCCGACCAUUGCAUUGGUCGAGGAGGCUUCGGACGAGGAGCGCGAGGAACGUCAGCACACAGAAGGUCCCGAUUCGAAGGAGGUAGCAGUUGAGGGUUAUGCCGUCAGCGAGACGGCCACCAGCAGCUUGGGUUCCGCAUUGUCCUCGGCUACGACGUCGACCCUGUCGUUGUUGGCAAAAGGCCAGGAUGAAGGAGUUUCAGGAUUGCGCCUUUCUGGCCAUUCCACCGUCUCCGUUGUUCGAGAUUCAGCCAGCCCGACCCCUUUGCCCAGGAGGCUGUCCGAUGUUUCAAGAAGCAUUGCCCGAUUCAACGCUGCUGCCGCAACCCAGUCUGCAUCAAACAUUGUCACCCAGGAUGUCCGUCGCGGCCGUCGCGAUUCAGCCUCGCCUGCACCCACAGUUCGCCCGCGGUCCUACUCCAGACAGCGCAAGGUCAUUGCCCUUAACCCAGACAAGACUUUCAGAAUCGUCACCACCGACGAGGACCCUACCGACGUCGUCAAGGCCCCCGUCAUCCCUUCCUCAUCCACAGCCACGUCCUCGUUUCGCCCGUCGGUCGACGUAUGGAGUGACGACCGUACCAGCACGUCUCUCAGCAUCGAUACCCCCUUUACCGUCGGCACCCCCUUCUCGGGUAACACACUUACCGCCCGGGAACCUGCUCCAUCUGAUCUUGCCGCAUCUUUCGUCCAAUCUCCUGAUUCGUCUACCACCCAACUAAUACAAGGUUCUGUGCCCUUGGCUUCAACGUCUUCUGGCAACCGCAUGGUCGGUGGUCUACGUAGAGUUACCCAUACUGCAGAUCUCACGCACGAGUACUCACCUGCGAUCGACCCGCCCCUUGCUCCGUUACAAGAAGUAGCAUCCAACGAAUCGCGUAGCGAUAACAACUUGACCCCGACUACCUCGAGGGUUAUCGCGCCAAAGCCUUCAUUUACAUCUGGUAUCUCUGGUGUCUCUGGUCUUACUAUCGCAUCUGACAAGACCAACUACAAGGUUUACGGCAUUCACACCUCAGUACCCCAAUCCUCCGAUAGCCUACCCAUCUCUCCUCAGAACGAAGCAACCAACUGGGAAGUUCUUGGCAGCCCGGGGGCUUCAUCGCGCGCUCCAUCCUCUACCCACGGCAACUGGGAAGUUCUAGCUACCUCUUCGCCCGUAUCGCCAGGUGCAUCUUCCCUCGCUCAAUCAAACUGGAGAGUUGUCGGGGAUUCGCCGGUCGCUGCAUCUCCUUCCGUUCGGUCGAUUUGGGAAGCGCAAAGCGAAGUCUCCCGCCUUCCAUCGGGGACUUCCCGCGUUCCAUCAGGCCCGGCUAACUGGCAAGUUAUCGGUGCUUCCUCGCCGACUGCUCCACCUUCUGCUAGCCCACCCGGAAGCUCAGAGAGCAACGAGAACUUUGUCGUACACUCCCGCUCGACGCCGUCUUCUGUAGCCACCGGUGGCCGUUAUUCACAAGAAAGUCUCCGCGUCCCACCGCUCAGACCAGCCAAGAAGAGGUCCCAGGAAAAGUUUGGAUAUUACAAGCAGCGAUCGCGUGAGAACCUUCGAGCCCGCUCCACCUCCUUUCAAAGCGUUUCCUCGGUCGGAGCCCCACCAGUACCGCCUCUUCCGGCCAUACUCACGCCUCCGGUCCUUUUCCGCUUCCCGACGUCCUCCAGGGAGCAAACUUCAUGGUCGGUACCAUCCCCAUCCGGGUCAUCGGCCGGCUCCUCCUCCGGUCAAGAAACUGUCAUCAUCCACCGUCCACCGCCGAUGACCCAGUCACCACCAGAUCGAUGGAGCUCACAGUUGUCUACGGUUAUGUCCGAAGACGAAUACGGCAGCGAGCCAGGCUCUUCACGCCCUGUGUCCCACUCGGUCAUGGGCAGCCAGCACCGUUACCGCAACAGCACUGGCGGGUGGGGUGGUUCCACGCACAGCCGUCAGAUGCAGAGUAUUUCGUCGUCCCUCGCAGCACCUCCUGAAAGUGCCGGAAGUGACAGUGUCGCCAGGCCCCAGGCUGCCCAUUCUCGAGGUGGUUCCCUGCCGAUUCGCAUGGUUCGUGACCAAGAUGAGCACGGUGAUGGAAUUGCAGAUCUGCAUUCUCACCCUUCAAGAUCAGGCUUGUCCUCGUUUCUCCAGCAUAGCAGCAGCACCUCGAGCGGGAGCCGUAAUCUUCAUUCGAGCCAUAGCCACCGCUCGCGCCCGUCUCGAGCCAACAGCUUCACGAACUCCAUUCCUGCUUGGGCAAGGGUCUACUAUGGAUCUGGCGAACACCGCUGGGCCGGUCUGCUGUCCUCGUCCGCGUCAGACGCUGGUGACAGCCGCCCGAGCUCUGCUAUUGGACACAGUGCAUCGCCAAACUCGGACAACUUCCCUAUGGAACUUUUUAGCCCCCGCAAGCGCGCGAGAGAAGGCCAACGCAACUCGGAUGGCUCCAUGGAGAUCCAACCUGCACCAACAGACUAUGAUGUUUUCCGCACACUCAGGGAAAAGACUUCCAGCAUCUGGUCCCCACACCUUCGACAGGACCGCCGCCACAGCCGUUUCGAUGUCUGGGAUCCUCCCACCACAAGCUGGUCUGCUGAUAGCGGCGUCACUGGCAAGCGUAACAUCCAGAUUGUGCUCUUUGCUCUUGGGUUCAUCAUGCCUUUCGCAUGGAUGGUUGCUGCCUUUCUCCCGUUGCCCCCUAACCCGAAAAGCGAGAUGCUUGAAAAGGGCACCCACACCCCUGAAGACCCCUUUGACCGCUCAAAGUCGAGGCUCGGAUUCAGAACUUCAAUUAACCCCAUCAGCCCUAUGGAGGAAGCGAGAUAUCUCAGCGCGCGUUGGUGGCGAAGACUCAACACUGGUAUGUCCUUUGUCGGAGUAAUAAUCAUUGGCGCCGUCAUCGCUCUCGCCGUCAUCGGCUCCCAACAAGGCUGGACGGACUGAACGACAUGAUGGAAUGUUCUUUCAUCAGGUUCAAUGCCCGUCGACACUCGCCCGUUCCCAUUUUUCAGCGACUUUCUUCUUUUUCUGUCUCGAUAACUAUAGACACGAUCUUUUGGAUUUUGGGAAAACACACUUUUUUCCCGGAAUCGGCGGGAGAUCUUUGACGAAUUACACGACGACAUAUCAUCAUCAUUAACUAAGUAUUGACGAUAAUUUUGUGGCACGCCUGAAACGGUUUCUUCAACACUGUUUUUCUCUCUUUUACACCAACGCACGCGUCUCGGUCAAUCAAAAAGCUUAUAGAUCUCUCUCGAUAUCUCGAACGCCGAUGAAGACACACAUAUCACAACGCCUUUCAGCGACUUGAUGACGAAAUCUUCUUUCCUCGCGGACGGAUAUCUCUCAAUAUCAUCAUUAGCAUUUUCUCUCUUUCUGUUUCUAUAUGGGCUACAUACGAUGGGGCGGAGUUUAUUUUUUAUGCGCUUCGCAAAGUACAUGAAUACCCUUUUUCGACUUUGACAUAAUGGGGCAAGGGCAAUUGUGGAAAAGGGGACGGGAGGUGCGGGGUGGAUGUCUGAUUGUAGGUGAUUAUGCAGGCAAAAGUUGCAGGAUGAAGAAGGGAUAGAUACCCAUGGUGUUGUUGGUUAUGUUGUACGUUUACGAGCUGGAUGGAUAGGAUGAGCUGGGUACAUUUUACAUUUACCCAUCACCGCCACCUCAAUGCAAAAAAAGUUACCUUUACGCGAUGCCAA